AUGCACAAUGUUCGCCGCCGGGCGAGAGACCUGGCAUGGAACGGCCAGCAUGGCCAAAUGUCGUCUCGGUACAAUCGGUUCAAGGCUACGCACAGGAGUUCCAUGAGACCGGACUCUUCCUACCAUCUGGAGGAACCAAUCCAGAAUGUGGACCGAAUUUAUGAGGUGCCCGCCAGGUCGUACGAGAUACAGUCACAGCGACCUCCUCCUGCGCCAGAGUUUUUCGUGGAGCGACCUUCUCCUGCGCCAGAGAUUAUCGUGGAGCGACCUGAACUUGCGCAUACACCUUCACAUACCUCCGAGCAGUCGUCAUCUAAAUUUCGACCCACAGCAGCCCUUCAAAUCGCUCCCGAGGAUCUGCAGCUGGACCAUGCAAUCACCUCGGCCAGGCGCAGGCGAAGAGGGUUAGGAAGUGUCAUUCGGGCACUCAUAGAUGGUCUGGGGCUUAUUUUCAAUAGGCUUAGUCUGACAUCCGAGGGCCUGUCGCUGUCGUGCCAAAUUGCGUAUCUGUUCCUGGACGAUUACUUGAACUUGCUUCUUCUCACUGCUCCAGCGGGAAUUGUGAUCAACUACAUGCCUACAUCACGUAUUGCCGUGUUCUUUGUCAACUUCGUUGCAAUCGUUCCAUCCUCCAGGAUUCUAGGAUUAGCGAUCGACGAGUUGGAAGCCCAUCUGGAAGAAAGCUCAGUCCUGAUGGGUUUGAUAAGCUGUACUUUUGGAAAUGCCGUCCAGCUGAUCCAAUCCGUCUUAUUGUUGAAUAACGGACAGUUCGACGUGCUCCGUGUUUCCCUGCUCGGAACUAUAUUGACGAACCUCAUAUUGUUGACGGGACUAAGCUUUCUCAUUGGCGGUAUUAGGUACCGUGACCAAGAGUAUGACAAAAACCUGACACAGACUAUCACCAUGCUUUUAUUUCUGGCAAUUUUGUCCCUGGUCGUUCCAACCGCUUCUCAUUAUCUUUCCAAUAUAGACCAAGCAGGCAUUCUGGCCCAAUCACGUGGCACGGCUGUUGUCAUUAUGAUUUCCUAUGGUCUAUGGCUUUUGUACGAUCUGAAAACUCACAAGCCAGUUGAGGUAUUGUAUCAGAAUAGCAUGAGUCAGGAUCGCAGGAAAGAGAGAAAUCUUCGCGGCCUCAAUCGAGCACAAGGGGACUCGAGGACCUCAGGAAACAUAGAGAGAAUCUCUCCUCCACUACCCACGGAUGAUGAGGAUGUGGCAGAUUCGGAGCCAAGACUCACGGUUCCUGUCGCCAUCAUAACCAUCUUAGCAGCAACCGCUCUUGUCGCUAUCAACACGGAGUUUGCGACGGACAGUGUACAGAGUCUAACGGAGAGAUCUGUCUCGUCCUCGUUUGUGGGUCUGGUCAUUCUACCUAUCAUCUCCCUCGAUACGGGCGCAAUUAAAUGUGCCCUUCAUGAUAACAUGGAUCUCGCUAUAGCGUUGAGUCUGGGCCGCUGCAUGCAGAAUGCCUUGAUGGUAGUCCCGCUUACCGUACUAGUUGCUUGGUGCAUGGGUAUAGAUGAUAUGACACUGCAAUUUGAUGCAUUCACCAUCACUACAUUGUUUAUCUCGAUGGUGAUUUUGGGAUAUGUCGUUCAGGAGGGAAAGAGUAACUGGUGA